CCAGUAAGUCCACAUUUUGUACUUGUCACACGAUAAUUUCCCCCAAGAAUACUACAUAACGAAGAGAAUAGCCAAAUAAACUAUUAUAAUGAAGAAGAGAAAAAGUGCACCCAAAGUCAAGCCCGUUGCGGAGGCCAUUCUGAGGUUUCCCCUGGUGCCCGAAAGUGAAAUAUUGGAUCGCGAGGCUAAGUAUGUGAGUCGCCUUAAUGAUUUCAGCGUCAGUUCGGAACUAGUAAAGCAUGCUCAUACCGACUUCUACGAUCUGGAGGUUGAGCGGAUGUUCAGGGAGCACUGGGAGCAUCAUCUGCGUUGCGAUGGCCUUCCGCGUCCCUAUCUACCCGUCGAGGUGCGCGAGUUUAUAUCCAAAAUGCGGUUCUACGAUGACUACGAAACCAAAAACUCUAUGGACUGGACUUUGUCGGUGGACGAACGCUCUAUAUUGAAUCAGAACAUAUUCCGGGUGGACAAAACGAGAACAACGAUGAAGCUAACGAAGGAUAAUCCGGGCGAACACUACGACAAGAACGUACAGAUGUGUCUGGACACCUUGAAGGAGAUGGAUGUUAUGCUGGACAACCAGGCUGAGAUGGUGCGAAUGUCCGCCAAAAGACAGUCUGAUGUCAUGGAAGUUUAUACCGAAGUCGAGUUGGAAAUCGAUGAUAUCUUCGAUCGCCUUACAUAUCGAAUAUUGAAUACGCAAGAUGCUUAUAUGGACUCUGAAGAUGGAAGAGUUGCCAAGUGGAGCUACGAAUGUAAGCCCUGGAAAAUAGAUUUGUGGGGCCUGCGCAAUGUCCCAAUAAUAUUUGAGAUGUUGGAAUUGCCAGUUAUGUUGGCCGAGCUGCCGGCCACGGGAGUCGAGGUUCAGAUACCGAAAAGUGUCCUGAAAGAUUGCAUAACUCUGCGCAGUUUGCACACCGAUUUCGAUAACAUCUCCCAGAAUGCCAAGAGCUUCGAGACAUCGGUUUCUGCCUCGGUCAAUUAUCCGACCGCCGGCAUAGUUGAUAUAGAGGAAUCGGUGAUUAAUGAAUGGGUCAUGCAGCAGGAAAUUCAGGAGGAGACCAUGAAUCUAAUGCUGAGCAGGCGAAAGGAGUACGAGGAAAUGAUGGAGCUCAUUGCCGAGAGAACGGAGGCAGCUGCCAAAGCGGCCAAGAAUUCUGAUCCCGAUAAAGUAGUAAAAAUAGUAAUACCAAAGGCCCCGAAAGAACCUCCAGCCGUUCCCCCCGGCAUGUUCCCCGACAUAUACACCGAUUUUCUUAGAAUGGAGGAUAGCCAGUAUUCGGGAUACCUCGAUGAGGUAUAUCACCCAAGGCAUCUGGACAUGCAGCCAUUCGAGAUAAAUCUUAGGGAGCGAAUCAUGCUGGGUGGCAUCUAUGCGAUCAUGUUUGUGCGACGUCCUGAGCAAACGCAAUUUGAGAAGUUCAACAUUGUUUUGCACGAGGAUGGACGGGUUCUUCACACCAUGCCUGAAAUGAAGGCCGAAAUAGAGGGGGAACAGAUACGUAACUCCAAUAUUGCCAGAAGGACCAGGGAGACCUACCGUGGUACCAAGAUCAAGUUGGAAGACGACGAGUUGCCCUAUUUCAUCGUAACCCUGCAAUUGCCCAAGGAUCUAUGUAAGUGGAGUGAGCCCGUGCUUUGUCAUUUCUUAACGGAGCAAGAGAUCAUUUCGCCCGAUUCCAUACGCGAAUCCGUCUGGUUACCCACCAUGCAAAGUACAAUAAGGCAUUCGGAAUAUAAUGAAAGGUUAGAUGGCACCUUCAACCUUGGUAGUCGAGUUUCAGUGGAUUCCGCAAAUAUAUUUCGACCCACAAUUCGGUCCUUUCUCAGACAAAGUAAAGUAGACGUGGCUCAGCCAAACGAAGUUCCGUUGGAGGACUUCCAAUUGGAUAAGGAGUUAAGUCACUUGGAGACGAGAAACCUGGAGAGAUACUGCGUACCCCGCAUUAUUUCGUCGUUUAAGUUCCCUGCAGAUUUUGGCGACGACAAGCGAGAAGGUGGCAGGCCGGGCUUGAAGGCUUUGCUCAAGCGUCAAGAAGUCGAGGAAGUCGUUACUCAGGUUAAGAAGUUAGAUUUCAAUUAUGAUGCCCAGGCGGUUAACCCGGAGAGAAUGUUUCCUCAUUUUCCCACCGUUGAUCCUAUGCAAUAUCCCACACUGGCCGAUGAUCAGGAACCACAGCCUCUUAAUGUCGCCACUGCACUGGGACUUUUAAGAACCUUUGACAGCAUCAAAACGAAAUAUAAGGAAAAGCCCGUUGAGCUAUUGAGUCAGCCGGAUGAGCAAGAUAAAAAGUCAAAGAUUAAGAAAUUAGGCUUGAAGGAGGAUGACGAGGUGCCAGAGGGAGGAAAACGAAAACCAUCUAAGAUUAAUGAAAAAUUACGCGCAAGCGUUAGGAUGGAGAAGCUGGAACGGGGUAGUGGUUCGUCGGAUAAAUCCAAAACUGGAACGGACUCGACGAUUGAGCAGGACGUGACACAUUGGACUACGAAGUACAUUAAAGACGCGACGCUAGAUAAAGAAACCAGCAGAAUCACCUUCAAGACGGAUCGUCUGGGGUAUUUGGGUCUGGCCUUCAAGCGGUACGAGCAUUUUCCCUUUCGCGAAUGGUCAUUGCAGCCAAAUGAGGAAAACCCGGAUGAGAUCAUUCUAAGCGUCGAUACAUUCCAUGUUCGUAUAUUUUUCUAUAUCACAUCCAAGGGCGUUCGGGGUUAUGUGACCGAUUUAACUAAGGGUUAUACGGCCAAGCCAGUUAAAUAUUUAGAGAUUUUAGAGCCGAUAUCAGAUUUUCGCCAAAUGCGCCAGAUGUUUGUCAGCAAGAACAUUAACAUAUUCGCCGAAAACGAUGCUAGUUUCUAUAUAGACAACGGCUACUUUUCUAUGAAGCACGUGGCACUUGAGCUGCACACCUAUAGCAUCAUGGCUCUGCAUUGCAAAUUGAUGAAGUUCUAUCGAUCAAAUUGGAAUCGACUGGCCUCGCGAAGAGAUAUCAUCAUGGGCAUGAAGAUCGCCAAGGAUAACUCGGAUUAUUCCGAGGUAACAAUGCGAAUUACUCCCGAGAAGACCACUUUCGUUCAGAUCUCAGAGAAUUGUUCUGACAAAGUGAAUGUCAUUGUGCUCACAUAUAAUGAGACUUGGCGAAACAUAAGCAACUUCACGGAUCUUCAUCAGGCCAUAAACUCGAUGGUCCCCAAUGCCACUGAAGUGCGCAAUAAGGAUUCCAUUCUUCUGCAUUAUGUGAUGCGCAUGCUGAAAGAGAUAAGGCUAUUAAGCUUUUCGUAAAAUUUCUCUAUAUUUUGUAAAUCCAUACUUGCUAAUCUUCAAUACAAUAAGAAGUUUAAAAAAAGA